UUACAGUGCGGCAGCUGUGCGGGUUCGGUUCUGAUGCCGACCAGUGGCGUUAUUGAAACACACACAGCUCACUGACUUUAAGUUAGAUUUUCAGGAAGGCAGCAUCAUGUCUAACACCGUGGGCAAGCUGAGUUUCAGCAAUAAGGUUAUUCUAGCACCUAUGGUACGGGUGGGCACAUUACCCAUGAGGCUUCUGGCAUUAGACUACGGUGCUGACAUUGUCUAUUGUGAGGAACUGAUUGAUCUAAAAAUGAUUCAGUGCGAAAGGGUAGUUAAUGAUGUUUUGGAGACAGUGGACUUCAUAGGUCCAGAUGAGAGAGUGAUGUUCCGGACCUGUAGUAAAGAAAAGGAUCGGGUGGUCUUUCAGAUGGGAACUGCAGAUCCAAAGAGAGCCCUGGCAGUGGCCCAGCUUGUGGAGAAUGAUGUGGCAGCUGUGGAUGUCAAUAUGGGCUGUCCAAAGGAAUACUCUACCAAGGGUGGAAUGGGAUCUGCACUUCUUUCUGAUCCUGACAAAAUUGAGGCUAUUCUGACCACUCUUGUUAGAGGAAUUUCAAAACCAGUGACGUGUAAGAUCCGCAUCCUGCCCACUAUAAAAGAAACUGUGAAUUUGGUGAAGAGAAUAGAGAAAACAGGGGUGUCAGCAAUAGCUGUCCAUGGCAGGAUGAAGGAAGAGAGACCACGACACCCGGUCCACUGUGACUACAUCCAAGCUGUAGCUGAAAGUGUGUCCAUCCCAGUGAUAGCUAAUGGUGGCUCUGUAGAUCAUGUUAAAACACAUGAUAACAUUGAGAUGUUCCGAGAGGCAACAGGAGCAUCCUCUGUCAUGCUGGCUCGAGCUGCAAUGUGGAACCCUUCCAUAUUCCGCAGCCAGGGGGCGGUGUCAGUGGACGAGGCUAUGGAGGAGUAUAUUAAAUAUGCUGUUUGCUAUGACAACAACACCUUUAACACCAAAUACUGCCUGUGCCAGAUGCUAAAGGACAGGGUGGAAUCCCCGAUGGGCAAACGGCUCCAUGCUGCACAGACCAGUGCAGAAAUCUGUGAAGUGUUUGGAAUGACUGAUUUCUACAAGAAGGCCCAGGCUGAUCUGGAGGCCCGAAAGAGUUACCUUCAGGCUAACAGUAGCAGUCUUUCAGAUCAGCCUACGUUGGAUGGUGAUGUCAUCACUAUGGCAGUGAAAUUUGAAAGAAGAGAAUAUCCCCCUCAGAUCACUCCAAAGAUGUAUUUGCUGGAAUGGAGUCGAAAGGAGAAGUUGGAGCAGCCUGUGUACGAGACGGAGCAGCGUGCCCAAGACAGAGCUUUUCAGUCCACAGUUACAGUAGCAAAUAAGAAGUAUAGGUCCACCUUGUGGGAGAAGUCAAAGAAAUUUGCAGAGCAAGCUGCUGCCAUCGUAUGUCUGCGUACGCUUGGGGUACCUGAGGGCCGUAUCGGAGAAGAGAAUUCAGGACUGGUGAACAAGAGAAAAAGGGAGGAGAGAAAACAGGGCAUAUCAGAGGACAGUGGCAUUACUGACUCAACAAACAGGAAGAGACGGAUCACUGAGCCAUCACAGAAAGAUGAACAGGAGACAAAUGACAAGAUGAUGGUAGUAAAUGGCUCAUGUGGUCAGACUGUACCAUGACCACAACCAUGAUGAAUCAACAACUGCUAACCUUAUGAACUCAUUAUGAGGACUGUGGCUGCAUUUCAUUUGUAACAGUGCAGCACAUCGUCUCUACACCAAGAUAUCAGCUGAAGACUUGCAUGUUAUUCCUAAAACUUUCCUCUUCCUUUUAAUCCUUUUUGUAUGAUUGUAUGCAUUUGUGAGACAGAGAGUGUGUGCUUUGGACAUGCUUGUUGGUUUUCAUUCAAAGAGUAGUGAGAUAUUCGUCAGAAGCAGGAUGUACAUUCUAAGCUAGUGGUUCCUAAUUCUUGUUCUGGCUUUUACUUUUUAACUGGCUGGUAAAUUAAGGCAGGUGUGUUGGAGCAGGGAACAGACUUAAUUGUGUAGGGAAGUACUUGGGAGUAGUUUUCAAGUUAUGGGUAUGGUUGAGCAAAAAUACAAAUGCCUUAGACCAGAGGUCUUUAGACUGGUCCUCAGAGCCCACAGGGAGUCCACGAUUUUGCUCCACCAUUAUGCUUUGUGAUUUAGGUCACAGCAAAAAUGUGGACUGCCUGAGGACCAGUUUGGGAUCCACUGUUCUAAACAAUAUAGACAUUGUUCCACAGACCAAAAGGGGGCAGGCAACUGUCUCUUAAUCACUCAGACUGUUUGGGUUGUGAAAGCUGAAAAUGAUUGUCAAGCUAUGAUUGAGAGGACAUUCACACAGGACUUUUUGAACAGUUACAUUUGGAGGUCCUAUAUCUUAGACACUGAAGUUCUACCUACACUUUUAAAGCGGGUACUGCGUGCAUUUAAUCAAAUUCUAUUUGAAUUAAAAAACAUCUAUCAGUCCUGAA